AUGCUAGCACCGACGGUAGUGGAAGUCACCCCUCGCCUAGACCUGAUCUCUUUAGACCGCAUCACUUCCACCUCAAAGACCCAAGUAUCCUUCCUCUCAACACCACACCCAGUCCCCAAACCUGAAGCCGCCACUGACAACCAUUUCGACACACCGGAAAUAUGUCCCAUAUUAAACCGCCUAAAGGCAGAUGAAAUAAUGAACAUCGUGGAACGUUACGGCUCCCAUGAGCGCACAACCGCUGACGGUGAAUGGCUGGGCCGGUCCUCGUUCAUGCCACGCGUGCAGACACACAUCGCUGCCAACAGGGCUAUUCCUAUGGUUCUACCUGCUUUUCCAAUGAAGAGUAAUAAUCGCAUGGACAAAGUGCUAGGUUCACUUCCAGAUUUGGGAGAUGAGCUUGGAUUGGCACGGUUGGUGAAUCUUUGUCAGGAUAUCAAGGCUGUUUAUCCUCCUGGUGCGGUUGUGGUUAUUGUUACAGAUGGGAUUUGUUACAAUGAUCUUACAGGGAUUUCCGAUGAGGAGGUCUGGGAAUAUGGGAAUCGACUGCGGAAGAUCGCUCUCGAGAAGGGAUAUGCUUGUAUUCAGUUCCAUCGCAUUAUGAAUAUGCUUGGUCUUUAUACUGGGGCGCAUAUCUCCAAGUCGGAUUAUGUGAAGCUUUGCGGUAUAUCAAGGACUGAACUUUAUCGACGGUGUGGACGGCCGGGAUUUGAUGUUGAUAAGUUUUUGAAAAGCGAUGAGGAUUACCUGAGAACUUAUAAUGGAUACGACAAAUUCAUGAAAGUUGACCUGAAAUUCAGCCCAGUGACUAAAGACUGCGCUGGUCCCAAGCAAUAUAAGAAGAGGAUCAAGAUCAUUGCGAAGGCAAUGAUUGUACGCGGAGUGGUAGGUUAUUUCGAGAGCUAUAUAGAACAAGUCUGA